CUCUGCUUUUGCUUCUGCACAGAGAAUGCCCAGAUUUUCUGAACUUUUUAUCUAUUGUCUGGGCGCCUGGGACUAAGCAUGCGGUGGUCUCAGUUGUUACUAUUAUUGACCUUGCGGUGUGUUUGGGUUGCUGUUUGUGUCUGGGUAGCGGGGUGCGUGUUGCUAAAGGGGCAUCUGAAUGCCCUGUCGUGCCUCUCCAUGACUGGGGAAACUGAGGGCACAAUAAUUUUUCUGAGUGUUUUUUUGGGCGCCUGCUUGUUAAUGUGCGUUUUCCACGUUGCCGUCGUGUUCGUUUGUGUUCUUCUGGGCAUAUAACGCAAGCCUUGAGUGCUCCGGACCCUCACACGUCCGCAACCAGAAGCCCAGCGCAGCUCCCGGAGCCGGAUCUGCGCCUGCACCGCUCCCUGGACCGCGACCCCGGCCACCCCGCGAUGACCGCGACCGAAGCCCUCCUGCGCGUCCUCUUGCUCCUGCUGGCUAUCGGCCACAGCACCCAUGGAGCUGAAUGCGUUCCGGCCUGUGACCCUAAAAAUGGAUUCUGCGAGGAUGACAAUGUUUGCAGGUGCCAGCCUGGUUGGCAGGGUCCCCUGUGUGACCAGUGCGUGACCUCUCCUGGCUGUGUCAACGGACUCUGUGAGGAACCCUGGCAGUGCAUCUGCAAGGAUGGCUGGGACGGAAAACUCUGUGACAUAGAUGUCAGGGCUUGCACCUCUACUCCAUGCUCCAACAAUGGGACCUGCGUGGACCUCGAUAGCGGCCGCUACGAGUGCUCCUGCCCCCCUGGAUUCUCUGGCCAGGACUGCCAGGAGAAGGACGGACCCUGCGUGAUCAAUGGUUCCCCCUGCCAGCACGGAGGCACCUGCGUGGAUGAUGAGGGCCGGGCCUCCCAUGCCUCCUGCCUGUGCCCCCCUGGCUUCUCGGGCAACUUCUGCGAGAUCGUGGCCAACAGCUGCACCCCCAACCCGUGCGAGAACGAUGGCGUCUGCACCGACAUAGGGGGUGACUUCCGCUGCCGCUGCCCGACUGGGUUUAUGGACAAGACCUGCAGCCGCACGGUGACCGUCUGCGCUAGCAACCCCUGCCAGAACGGGGGCACCUGCCUGCAGCACUCCCAGGUGAGCUACGAGUGUCUGUGCAAGGCCCCGUACUCGGGUCCCACCUGCGUGAAGAAGCGCUUGGUCGGCCCCUCGCAGGUCACCCAUCUGCCCAGUGGCUAUGGGCUGACCUACCGCCUGACCCCCGGGGUGCAUGAGCUGCCAGUGGCGCAGCCUGAGCACCGCAUCCUGAAGGUGUCCAUGAAAGAGCUCAACAAGAGUACCCCUCUCCUCACCGAGGGUCAGGCCAUCUGCUUCACCAUCCUGGGCGUGCUCACCAGCCUGGUGGUUCUGGGCACCGUGGGCAUCGUCUUCCUCAACAAGUGCGAGGCCUGGGUGUCCAACCUGCGCUACAGCCACAUGCUGCGCAAGAAGAAGAACCUGCUGCUGCAGUACAACAGCGGGGAAGACCUGGCGGUCAACAUCAUCUUCCCCGAGAAGAUCGACAUGGCCACCUUCAGCAAGGAGGCGGGCGAGGAGGAGAUCUAAGCAGUAUCCCCACAGGCCCCUCUAUAUUCUCGGGGUUUCGCAGAGCUCACUACAUGCGGUCUGUGCUAAUCUUUGUGGUGGAAUUUGCUUUUUUCUGUGUGAAAUCUAGUGAACGCUAUGCUUACCUGUAUUGCUUUUGUGUUGCCGUGUGACAAGCGCUAUGCCCACGGAGACUAUCUCCUCUUUCUCUCUCUUAUUAAUGCAUGCUGACGAAUAAUAAUAAGAAUUUCAUCUUUAAACGAGUAAAAGAAAUAAGUAUGUUAUUCUAAACUCUAAAAAAAAAUUCAAAAGACAAAAAAAAAACAUGGUAACAGAACCAGGGCUCUGUGGACCGACAUCCCUGUCCCAGGGGUCUCAGCCUCAGAGUCCUCGCAGAAACCGACACGAGUGCUGUGCAUGACCAUCCACUGUGAAAGGGCUACAAUCUCUUUGGUUCGUUGAUUCUCACACGUCACAUCCGACUCGCACUCACCUCCUGCUCCGCACCGCACCCCUGAGGUCUUUCUGAUUGAUUUGAGAUUCCACAGAGUGCAGCGGCAGUGUGUCAGGCAGAGAGAGCCCCGGGUUGACUGCUGGGGGGUCGGGACCCUGUCCCAGCCCUGCCACUAACUCGCGGUGUGAUCCUUGGCGAGUCCCCACCCCAAUCCCCGGGCCCACACUUCUCGCCCCCCUCCACAGAGGGGUGGCAGCACCCACCACCCAGGUCCUGACUCUACAGAAAAAAUUCAGAAUUAGGAACAAGGGAUGUGUACCGAAAUGUGUCCUGACCCUGAGAACAGGAUCUGAUGAAGACUAAGUCUCAUCCUGAGAUCCGAAAGGUUUUGGCCUAUCCUGGAUGCACACUUGAUGUUGAGAUGGAUCUUGACUACAUUUCUCAAAGCGGGGAGCCUCCUGGCUCACUUCCCCCGUGGGAACAAUUGGCCCCUUUGAGUCAUAAUAUGCCAUGGGGAGCUGCCUCUUAGGCAGCCUGCCCCCCUACCCCAGCCCAAGGCCCACACCUGCCACCCCCCCCAGCGAGACCCGUAGACUAGACACGACCCUCCACUCCCACGCACCUUGAACCGCAAGUGCCCCUGGCAAAGUCUGAGCAGCAGCACAGCCCCUCACCAAGGUUUUCACAGAGUUGGUGGAAAUUGUUGUGGGGCGCUUUCUUCUUCUAUGGCAAAAGUAGCUUGAGACCUGGCCAUGGAUUUACAUUUGUGUUGCUGAGUUAAUAAUCCUCAGAUCCCAAGACCUAGCCAGCUUCUGAAUUUGAUUUUUUUUUCUUUUCUUCUUCUUUUUUUUUUUUUUAAAGAGCAUCUAUCUUUUUUGCGAAAAAUAGAGGGAAAUGGGACAGAGCUCUGUGUGGCUUCCCAGCCCUGCUCAGGACUAGGCAGCGACACAGCCCCUGUUUACCAGCUAGGGAUAUUUUGCUUCUUAAGUUAUUUGGAUAGAGAGCUAUACUGUAGCUUUAUUAAGUAUGAGCUGCGUGUUUACCUUGCUCCAAGUGCUUAUUUCCAAGUCCUUGCCACCCUCCUCAUCUACCGUCAUCCAGAUCACAGCCACACACACUUCCGUCGCCACCCAUGGGUCAUCUGCGCCACCGUCAUAUGGUCAUCCACCUCAUCAACUCCCCGUCUCUGUCCCAGUUCAUGUCAUUUCAAAGCCCGUUCAAAGAAUUCUUCAUAGUCACUUCCAGUCAUCUCUCCCAUUGGUCACUCUGGUCACCCCCAGUCCCUGGUCAUGGGCACCCUGUCAAGUCCCUCCUACCCACAAAGUUCCCACCCAGACCCUGGACCACGUCAGCCCCUCCCAGUGUCACCCUGAAGUCCCCCUCCACUUUACCCCAGCCUUCCCCGACUCCAUUCCACAGGGUGUCCGGGCUCCCCGACUCCAGCCACUUCCCCACCCUCGCCCUGACCCACAGCCAAGCCCCUCCCCCAUCCACGUCCUCUCCCCUGAUCCCACUCCCCUGCCCGGCGAACCCCCUCCCAGCCCUGAUGACCAUCUCCCUCCCCCCGCUCCCCUGGCCUGCCCCCGUCCCUGUGACCCUCCUCUCACCACGUCAUCCACAUGGUCAUUACAUCUCACUUUGAGUUCAUUUUAUGAAAUAAAAAUUUUAAAAAGACAAAAAAAAAGAAUUGUUGGCACGUGCCAGGCGGUGGCUGGUUCCCCGCCUGGCCGCUCUCAGCGUGAGACCUUGAUGGAGUCUGCUGACAAUUCUGCUCCUCAGUUUCCCCCACGCGAAAUUCUAAGAUUGGACAACCCAUUCGAGUUCCAGACUCCAUGUUUUCUUUUCAAUCUCCGUGGUAUGGAGAAUAGCCGAGUCCCCUGAAGGAGGACAGAAAGAGGUCCGGCUAUUGUCCCUGACGGUUCCUCAUCCACUCACUCAUCAUCCACCAUCAUCCCACCUGGGAGCACCUCCACGCACCUGCUGUGUGCAAGGCAGGGUGCGGGGAGCUGAGGCACUGCAGGCUCAGGGGAGGGGAGCGAGCGGCCUGUGUCCGCAGGGAGCCCAGAGCAGUGCAGGUAAAUUCCGUGGGAGCGGAGGGUCCUGAGCAGACCCUCCCUCAGAAUGCCACCACCACCACCACCCCACGUGACAAACCACCUAUUACCAGCACUUAAUGAGGCCGCCCCACCCAAAUUCCACAGCACCCACCCGCACGCACCCCAGUGCAGUUGGAGCGGCAUCAGCAGCCUCGCCUCGGUCUUACGUCACGCAGAAAUGGUCCAUUCCAUCCUCUGUGGGUUCACCAGAUCUGCUGAGAGUGUCGGGAUCCCUGGCUGCCCACCCACACCUUGUGUGUGCUUGGUGUAGUAUGUAGUUUACGAAAUAAACGGAGAAGCUCAAAGACAGCCGUCAGAGACAUGUCCCCCAAUUCGGUCCCAAAUUAAGAGAAGGAAGACAAUAAUUCUGAAACCAAAAUGUUAAAGAACUGUCAAUGACGCUCUUUUUAGCUUUUCCGUUUAAACACCAGUCCAGACAUGCAAAAAAAACCUUUGUUUAUUGAAAAAUAAACAACAAGGGCUACUCUGAA